UGCCCCUUCGUCAUAAGAAACCCAGCUCCCCACCCACCAUCAGGGCACACUUCAAAUUUUCAUCUCCUCGUCCUCUUCAUCUCUCUUCAUCCUUUCCAUCCUUUAUCUUAGGCAGCGUCUUCGUCAAUCAAUUGUCGAAUCCAUUCAAGCUGAUCUACGCACACUCUGUCCAUCAUGCCUAUCGCAAUUGCCAAGGCCGACUCCCUUUUGGAGAUGUUCAAUCUCAAGGGUAAAGUCGUUGUCGUCACCGGUGCCUCUGGUCCGAGAGGUAUGGGUAUCGAGGCCGCCCGUGGUUGUGCUGAGUUUGGCGCCAACGUCGCCAUCACAUAUGCUUCCCGUGCCGAGGGUGCGAAGAAGAACGUCGAGGAGCUCCGUUCCAAGUAUGGCGUAAAGGCAGAGGCCUACAAGCUCGAUGUCGGUGAUUACAAGACCGUCGAGGCGUUCGUCGCCCAGGUUAUCAAGGACUUCGGCAAGAUCGAUGGCUUCGUCGCCAACGCAGGCAAGACCGCCGACAGUGGCAUCCUUGACGGCACCCCCGAGGCCUGGGAAGAGGUUAUCAAGACCGACCUGAACGGUGUCUUCAACUGCGCCAAGGCUGUCGGUCACCACUUCAAGGAGCGUGGCACUGGUUCACUCGUCAUCACCUCCUCCAUGUCCGGCCACAUCGCGAACUACCCACAGGAGCAGACCUCCUAUAACGUCGCGAAGGCUGGCUGCAUACACAUGGCCAAGUCGCUCGCCAACGAAUGGCGCGACUUCGCCCGUGUCAACUCUAUCUCGCCCGGCUACAUUGACACUGGUCUUUCAGACUUCGUCGCACAGGACAUUCAGAAGCUUUGGAAGUCCAUGAUCCCCAUGGGUCGGGACGGCGACGCCAAGGAGACCAAGGGUGCCUAUGUCUACUACAUUUCCGACGCGUCGACCUACACCACUGGUACUGAUCUCCUGAUCGACGGUGGCUACUGCUGCAGGUGAAAGAUCACAUGUGUUUCGCAAUGAGAAAAGGGAUAUAUGCAUCAAAGGCUGAAUCAUGUCUUACUGGGUUGUACUGAGAUACCAUGAAGUAGCACAAAAGACAAAUGAGAGCCAAGUUCAGUAUAUGCCUCCUCUAACCAGUGCUCCUCUGUCUGCCUUACUUUUAACUUUACUGGUCGUAGUAAAAAGUGUAAAUGAAGAACUCUUAUGUGUUGUGUAACAGAAGAUACAUUGUAACCUUAACACAACACAUGUGAUCCAGUCAAGGAAUAACAUAGAUUCCUUCCGCGAAGGCACUCUACAUAUCGAGGCUCAAACGCCCAGCCGCCGUUAGAUAGAUCAAUUAUGACAUAUAACAAUAUUCUAUAGAAAAUUACUUCUGCAGUAGAGUUAUACUAUUGAGAUCCUAUUAAUCUAGUAAAGAAGACUAUACUAUUUGCUUUUUGGAUUAGAAGGAUAUCUUAGAUAGUAAUCAAGU